AUGGCGUCUUCCCUCGCGGCGCAACUCGCUAAUGUGCGUUCGCACAAUGCUGAGCGACUCACAUCAGCUGCCUCUUUGGUCAAGCACACAUCGUACCUAUUCCCACCCAAAACUGCAGCUCAGCAGGACCUCUAUACCGUUCACGCUCUCAGUGCCAGCGGCUGGACCGAACUUUCAUCACAGGAUGCAUCGUUGCAAAAGUGGCCCCGCUCUUCAAUCCUCUUUAGCGAGGAGAGCAGGAGCAUGGAUCGCCUCAUGCUACCAAAGGAAGAGAACGAGACGAUCGACAAGGCAGUCAAGGAGUUCCUUCACCUCGCAUCGCCUUUUCUUCUCAGCAAAGGUGCAUCCAAGUGUCUUGAAUGGCUCGUACGCCGCUUCCGUAUCCACGAGUUCAGCGUAGAGGAUGUUCUUGCUGCUUUCCUACCAUACCACGAUACUCAGCAGUUUGCGCGCAUGCUCUCCAUCUGCAAGCUCGACGGAAAGCCCCAUCUUCAGUUUCUACUCUCCGUCAAGAAGUCUGCCAGCCCUCUACCUGCUGGUGUCUUGCACGCCGCUAUUCUCGCUCCCGCCACCACCACAGCCAGCUUGGACCUCCUUCGUUGGAUUUCUGGGCUCAUCGCAAACGAUAUUUCAUUCGAGCUUGGAGUCGCUCCACACCGUGCGCUUAUCAAUUUCUGGACUUCGACCUUAGUUCAGGUGUGCGCCGCUCGCUCUCGUAUGGACGACACCCAGCACGUUGCUGGUCUCUCCAAAUCCGCCAGUAACUCUAAGAAGUCGGCAAAGUCACGCGCAGCAGAUGCUCAAGCCAUUCUCACAGUCUUGCUACCCUCUGCCGUUCGCGUGGCCGGCACUGCUUCGCUUGGACAGGAUGCUCAGAUUGGAGGUUAUAUGCUGUUGUGCACCAUCGCUCAGUCGUUCCCGCUCAGCAAGGAGGCGAUCCAAGGCAUUUUCACUAGUCUUGCAAAGCUGCUUGCAUCCUCUCAAAUGACCUCGGCCAUCACCCGUGCCCUUCUUUCGUGCGCCUUCGUACUCUGUGCAAGCUCCAACGCGAUCACGGACGCCUUGACGACGCAAUCUACAUCCGCCACUCGACUGAUUCCCGACAGCUUGGCAGCUCUUCUCGUCUCAUCGCCCGAGGCAGGCAGCUCGAUUUUCUCGCUCGCCAAAGCAUACGAUGCCCGAGCCUUCCUUGCUCAUUUCCUCGCAGCUUUGACUGCUCGUCUUCCACACACCCUUUCGGCCGAUCUUCUAAGUACGCUAUUACGAGGUCAGGUAGUACACGACGAACUCUGCAUCCAAACUUGUGAACUUCUCCUGCGUCUCCGUCUCGGGGCUCCAGUCGGCUCAUCUCAGGCACCCGAGACUGCCUUUGAAGCUCACUUUGCCAGCGAGGCUCUGGAUCAAGCGCACAAGAACCGGCUCCGGACCCUACACACUGUGCGUGGCCGCAAGCCUUACGUCUUUGACGCAGCCCUCCGCAACUGUACUCGAAAGGGUCAAUCCGAAGCACAGAUUGCAGCCAUCUGGCAGAUCGUGCAGGCUGUUCUAGCAAUCGAGUCGGGUACCUCGCUCGACCAAGCCUCCAACGGCCAGCUCAACGCUGAUGGUCAGGCUGACAUUCUCUGGCUCUCGAUUCACUCUGCCGAAGCCUCGCAGCGUUCGCUUGCGGUCAAGCAGCUGUUCAAGGACAUCAAAGACGGCAGAGCCCUUCCACAGGACACCAUGGUGCGUGAAGCUCUUCAUGCCCGUAUCCAAGACUCUGCUGUCGACGUUCUUCAGGUGUUGUACUCUCAGCCUACCGUUUUGCUUGAUGCUUUCGACCAAAGCGACCUCCUCACCUUCGUCGUGGAGUCUCUGGAAGAAGACAAUAUCCCUGUAGAGCGCUUCGACCUGCACCUCUCGUUCCUCCUCGAUGCAUACUUGGAUCGCUACAGCGAUGCACAGGACAACGUUGCUCAACGGGCUGUGUGGCCCUACUUGCUUCAGGAAUCCGCUCGUCGCGCGAUUGUGAGCUCGACCAUCAAGGCGGUCUCACAGAGCAAAAAGGUCGGUGGGCUGCUCCGUUCCAUCGCAUCUGUUGGCAUCGAGUCAAUGAGUCCUGCCCAAGCCAACGAUGCUGUUGCCCGAACCGUCGCAUCCCACCUUGCAUCGAUCUCGAAAGACGGCCGCAAGAGCUGGAUCGAUUUUCUCCGUUCUACCACGCAUGGCAACACUCAGAACUUAGGCUCAACGUCGACCGCUAUGUCCCGAGACUUGGCCCUACUGUCUCUGAUUUACUUGGCCGAAGAACUGGAAGGAGAAAGUCUUGUAGCUCUCUCUGAUGACACCCUUGAAAGCAUUGUGCUGCCGUCCUUUUCGACAUCUGGCGCUCUCUCCUCGGAGCAAAUUAAGCAGUUGUCGCUCCUCAGCUUGCAGGACACCUUGAAGGUCUCGCCGCACGUCAAGCAGCUUGACACAUUCUACCGAGUGGCUGGAACCGAGCAGUGUGCUCAACUUCUGGUGUACUUCCUCCUCAUCCAGCUUGUGCGUCGCAUUGAAGUACCUGCCUUCGACACCUUCCUCACCUCCCACGUGCCGGCUGAGGUCACGCACGCUAAAAAGUUGUUGGGCAAUCUCUACUCGGCGGUCAAUACCUCGCCUCUGCCAAGCUCACUGCCAAAGUUGCUGUUGCAGAUCCUGCUCGUUAAGAUCAGCGACUCCAGCCUGCCGUUCUUGGCCUCUGUUUGGACCAACACUUUAGCUCCAUAUAGCGCGCCUGUACGCCUUGCUGCCCUUCGCCACGCCGACGCCUACCUGCAUGCCCAGGCCCAAACUGCCGCGCAGCAGGAACCAAAGGACUUCCAAGUCGUUGUUCCAUUCUUGCUCAUCGCUCUCACCGACGCAGAGUCUGCCAUCCGAAUGUCGGCUGUUUCUGCUCUCGAACGUAUCCACCAGAUCUGCAAGCGAAUCGGAGACAGCGCAAAGGCCCUCAAAAAGAAGGGCAAGGAGCUCGACAUUUUCGGCUAUGAAUCCUUCCAUGGUAUGGCUGGCUCAGCUGACAUGCAAUACAUCGAUCUCGUUUCGCUGAUGUACUACCUUGACCACCUCGUCGAGCGCAAAUCUGGAUUCCGAAACGAUUCAUACAUCUUGCCCAAGCUCCACGCCGAGUUCUUGCAAAUCAACCGCCUAGAUGGACGCAAGGAGAUCGGUCACAAGCAUGCCAUGGUGUGUUUCCUCCUCUCGCACGUUUUGUGCGCCGACUCAUUGAGCAGUCGUCUUGUGCUCUUGCAGUCGCUUGCAGCUGUCAGCAACGCAGCCAAGCUCGAGAUGCUUCUGCCACUCGUUCGAACCGUGGUUGAGGGCAACGCGGCCGCAGCCACCAAGGCUUUGCGCACCAUCGAAGACCGCGAGCUCUACAUUGAGCUUCUCUUUGCAUCGUACGAUCCAAGUUGCCGUUCCGUCAUUGAAAAUGCUUCCACUGGUGCAUGGUCGCUGUAUCUGGAAGCGGUGUCCGGAAAGAACGGUAAGCGCCUCGUUCAGAAGGCUGCCGUUAGAGCGCUUGACAAAGCUGGCCUGUUUUCCGCUUUGGCGCCCGCGAUGCGACAGGAGAUCUACCUUCACCUCGCCAGCAUCGUCGCUGAUCCUUCGUUGCCUGCUUCGCCCGAAGUCGCUUCGGCUCUGCGCGAGCUACAAGUGGACUCCGCCAUCCUCGUGGCCAUCUUCUCCGAGCUUCGUGAGGUGAUCACUUCCAAGGCUCUCAGUGGACCCGAGGCGAAGCGAGCUCGCACAACGCUCAGCUCCGACGAGACGAUGAAGCGCACCUGCGCCAUCUUGGUCGCCGUGCUCGAGUCAGCCGUCAGCAACAAGCUUGCUCCCUCCGGCAUCCUCCUCUACGAGCUGUUCGAGGUGCUUCGUCUGGCCGUCGACCUGCACUCUGGUCUCCUGGCCGCAAAUGCAGAGCAGAUGCUUCAGCUUGCCAUGGCUUGCAUUGAAAAGUUGCUUGAAGGCCUGCUCAAACAGGGUGCACUCAUGGCCACUGACGUCACUCAGGCGCUUCGAGCCGAUAUCAUCGUUAGCGUCGUCAAGUGUUCCAACAACCCGCAGACGUUCCAGCAUGCUCUGCUUCUUCUCUCCAAGAUCGCCAAUCUUGCUCCCGAGGCAGUGCUUCACAACGUCAUGCCCAUCUUCACCUUUGUUGGCUCGACGGUGCUGCAACGCGACGAUGCUUUCAGUUUCUCAGUGGUCGAAAAGGUGUUGCAGAGCAUCGUCCCGGCACUGGUCCUCUCUCUCAAGGCCAGCGACGCUGCAAAGGAGGACACGUUUGCCCUGCUCUGCGAAGCGCGUGCAUUUGUGCGCAUCUUCACCGACGCCGCUGCUCAUGUUCCCCGUCACCGAAGACAGAGGUUCUUCCAACUCCUCGUCGACAUCCUUGGCCCCGAUGACUUUGCUGCUGCUGUCGCUAUGCUCCUCGUCGACCGUUCGGCCCAUAAGAUUGUCAAACAGCCAAGAUCGGAUGCCGAGCAGACGCUGCAGCUGCCGCUUGCUGUUGUAUCGCCGCACGGCGCCUUGGUGCAGGUGCGUGUCCUCCACCACAUUUGGGAAGAGGUUCUGCGUAUCUUCACUCAUCGCGACGAGACCGGAUCGCUUAGUGAGCAUGUGUUUCUUGACCGCGCUGGACGUCUUGACAAAGAGCAUGUUGACCACGAAUCUGAACCCUUGCGACAGGUUCAGGCGCUCAUCAUGUUCAUCCGCCAGGUUCUCAGAUCGAAGGCCUUUGCCAAGCAGGUUGAGGGGCUUCCGGCAAGCCAGAUAGGUCCCGAGCUCGAGACAUUUAUCAAGCUAGCCCUGAAGACUGUUGCGAGGACCCGCUCCAGUCACCCUACUAUUGCUGGGCUCGCUCUGGAGGUUUUGGACAGUGCCAUGCCGUUUGCACCCGUUGCCAACGUUCUCACCGUUGUUGCCAGCCUCGUCGAAGGCGAAGAUGUUCCGCACAGAACCAGCGGAUUCUCCCUCUUUGCCAGUCGUGUUGCUGCUAUGCAGCCCACGUCCACGGACCGCGCCACUGUCACCACCUUCACACCUACCAUCGUCAAGGCAGCGAUCGAAGUCAUUCAGUCAUCCCUCGCAUUCUCGACAGGGGGCAGCGAUGCAGAGGCCUUGCGCCAAGCAGCUUUGGACGCCCUCAAGACUCUCUCGUCGUCAGCUCAGCCUGACGAGCAUGGCUCUCUGGCCUCGACGCUUCCCGUCUUGAUCAAGCUGGGCAAGGUUGGUGCCGAGGCCGAAGGUGGACAUCGCGCUGUGCCGUCAGCUGCACGCAUCAGCGUCUUCUCGAUCUCACGCCGCCUCACCACGAAGUUGGGCCCUCGUCUGAUUCCCCACAUCGCCGCACUGGUACCCUUCUGCUUGUCGGUCGUUUCGCAGCCUUCGUUCGCUGCAGCCGUUACCGCUGCUACGACCGAUGACGACGGAACCGACAUUGUUGGUGUUGCAGGUUCCGCCAGCUCGACUAUCUCGUCCUUGCGCACCGGUGCACUUGACACUAUCACUGGACUGUUCAGUUCCGUAUCGACUUUCAUGACAUCGCACGUGCCCCAGGUUCUUCGCAUGUCCAUCUCGCCGGAGCUUAAGAAGGCCAUAUCAAGUGUCAGGGGUUCUUCGACCGCGAGUGAACGUUCGCUUAACUUGCUUGUUUCGACCCUCAUUCGCAAGACUCCUGCCAAGGAGGUCUUUGAGGCUACAUUCAAGGUCUGGGAUGAGGAGCUCGCUUCGAAUAAGGUCGAAGCCGAUGUCAGGGCAGAGCGACUCGUCAGUGUUUCCGAGUUCCUGGGUAGAGCUCUGCGACAAAGCGACAGAGAAGCUAUCAGCGCCACUUAUAAGUUGGUUUACCGCUUCCUACUUCGCGCUCUCGACCUUCGCCGCAAUAGCCUUUCUCAGGACGACAAGCUCUCAUCCGCCUCGAUUGGUCAGAUCGAAUCGAGUCUUGUCGGAUCUGCAUUCAUGCGCAUGGUGCUCAAGCUCAACGAGGCUUCUUUCCGACCCUUGUUUAUGCGCAUGUUCGACUGGGCGGUUCUUGACCUGGUUGACGACGACGAUGCGAACGCGGCUGCAGAAGCGGAUGGUAUCGUCGCUCGACAGAUUGUGCUCUUCAAGACCUUCAACUCGCUUUCCGAGACGCUUCGUAGCCUAGUCUCUUCGUACUACACUGUGCUCUUGGAUCAGGUGAUUGAGCUGCUCAACACUUGGAGCAAGGCCACUCGCGUCUCCGGCAGCACGCAAGCCUUGCAGAAAGAGCUCUGGAGCCAGGUCAUCCGAUCGAUCCAACUCUCGGCGAAGAACGACGAAGGUGUGUUCUGGAACCCUACGCGCGUUGCCAAGAUUGUCUCUCCGCUCCUGGAUCAGAUGAAUCUCCUCAACGGCACGAAAACUCGCUUCGUCGAGUCGAACGAAUUUGUCUCGCUUGUUGGCCCUGUUCUUGUCGGUCUGCUCAAGAACGUCAACGAUGAAGCGACGCUCAAGCUGUUCAAUUCGAAGUUGCUGCAGCGUGCAUCAGCGACACGCACAACCAACAGCUUGCUCAUUCGUUCCACCGCCACGCAGCUGCUCACGCAGAUGUGGCACGCUCAGAAGGACCACUUGCUCGCUUUGGUGCCCGAGACCAUUGCUCAAUUGUCUGAAUUGCUCGAGGAUGACGACGAAGAGAUCGUUCAGCAUGCCAACGAGUUCCGAACUGAGAUCGAAGGUGCACUUGGUGAAAGUCUCGAGUCUUACCUCACGUAG